AUGGAAAGUAACGAUGCUGCCCAUCACAAACACUCUGAGCAUUCUGCUCCUCCUCCUCCUCCAGCAGGAAACUGGAUUCCGUUUCCCAAAACUUCCAAGCCUCUCACCUUCAAACACGGCGACCAUUCGUACGCGAUCCUUCCUGCUCCCGGACUCUACGAGCACUAUACCCUCGCAUUUGUAAACAGCGAAGAGACCGCCGAACAAGACUUGGCUGCCGCAGCUGUCCAGGCCAGCGGGAUGUCGGAGCCACGCGUGCGCUUGACCCGGCACCAUGCUCAGCUAAACUUUGGCAACGAGCUUCGACAGCUCCUACGCGCUUUUGGCGAUAACGCCCCUCAUCCCGACUUUCCUCAGGAACCCAACCCGGAGACCGUUCGCGUUCUCGAUGAGAUCGUCACCGACUUUAUCAUCGAAACCUGCCACGCGGCAGCCCAAGUCGCAGCCCAUGCUGGCCGCCAGAAAGUCAAGGUCGACGAUUUCAUGUUCGUCAUUCGUCGCGAUGCUGCUAAGCUCGGCCGUGUCCAAGAACUCUUCCAGUUAGAAAAGGAAUUGAAAGAAGCCCGCAAGGCCUUUGAUCAGAACGACGAUCGAGUCGGCAAAGACGCGACCGCUGGAAAGGAAAUUGAGGGACUUGUUGGCUCUGAUGGCGAGGGAGCAGAAACCGUCGUGGAUGGUACUAAUGCUGCCGCCGGAAAGAAAAAGGGCAAGGGAAAGAAGCGUGCUGCCGGUAUGGAGACUGCUGCUUCAGAAAGUGGGGCAGGAAAGAAGCGCAAGGUUUCGACUGUUAAAGCAGAAUCAACCGCUUAAAUUUUCUACGACACAGCGAUAUCCACGAUGCAAUGAUGGCGUUUUUAAGGGACUUGGGAACCAGCGUUUAAUAGAUAAGGAACAUGCUCAACGGAUACGGGUCUCAGUCACAGGCGAGUCAGGCGUUACGAGAAAGAUCAAGCAUGCGAAUGACAUCUGGGUUACAUGGCUCGCGAUUUAGCACACUUUUCUGCAUUUGAUCAGGGACUGCAUGAGAAUGGCGUAACUGCUAGGUGUAUUUGGGCUUUUUUUCUGCGUGCGUCCCUCCGGGAGCAAUUCAAGUAGGGA